AUGAGCAAAAACGAAGCGGAAAUACCCUCCAACCCUCAACAACAGCAAGAACCUACAUCAUCACAGCAAGGAAUAAGAAUUCCUGCAAAUAGUCUGAAAGAUCUACUGAAAAGUGAAUAUUCUGAAGUAACCCGAGAGGCUAUACAAAAAAAGUACCAAGAACAGGCAGGAAAUUUACCACUCAAAGCCAGAGUGGAGGCUAAAAUUCAAGGUUUUUAUGGCGGCGACAUUGGACCUCAGGCUCUAAAUACUUUGAGAAAAGGAGCUCACGAGCAAGCCCAUAAACGAGGAUGGACUCCACUUCAAAAAAGAAUUACUUUGCUAUUCGGAUCUUUUAUACUUGGGCAAUUGUUUUAUUUCGGAGGAAGAUAUAUUUUCAACAAUUUUAUUUCAUCAAACAAACAAAUGACCAAUCAGUCGAGUUUCUAUUAUGGACGAGAUGUUAAUGAAUUUAAUUCAGAGGUUGAAAAGUUAACGGCUAAAAUGAUACACGACUACAAAAACUUCAAAGGUUCUGAAGAUGUAACACCAGAGGAAUACAAGAUGAUUGAACGAGAUGCACUGAAUAGAAUAUCUUUGAAGUAUGCACAACAACGUGAAAUUCUUGGCUCGUAUUCACAAACGCCCUCUUCCUCAAAAUACGUACCUCGUUAG